AAAUAACCAAGCCGCAUCAAGUUGAGCCACUGAAAAAACCCUCGAAAACAAAGAAGACUCGUUGAGGACUUCAUAUCAAGGUAAACAAGUUGCCAUGGAGGAAAGCUUGGAACAACAAAAGCAAAAGCAACUAGAUCGAACAGUUCUCCAAAAUGCAUUUCAUGACACUACUCAUGCUACUGUGGCAUUUCUUACAUUUCCACAACUUAAACUUUUGGUUGAUGAUGUCAUUCAAGCUCGACAAGGUGGGACUUCACAAUCCUCACUUGUGUGUGCCAAGCCUUAUACUCGUGGGAUUGAUAAGCUAAGCCUAACAAACAACUAUCAACCACCAAAAUUCCAAAAGUUCAAUGGGAAAAGCAACCCAAAACAACACAUUGCCCAUUUUGUUGAAACAUGCAACAAUGUUGGCACCUACAAGGGCCUCAUGGUGAAACAGUUUGUCCAGUCCUUGGAGGAUGCAAUCUUCGAAUGGUACACUGACCUUCUUGCUGGGAAUCAUCAUCUGAGUCAGAAGAUGAGGUUGGUGAUGGUUAGUCAACCUUCAUCAGAAGAAGAUGAUUAUAAAGCUCUUCCUAUCAAGCUGCCACAAAUAAAGCAAAAGAAUGAUGGAAAAUUCAUUGUUCGCCCCAUAAAAGAUCCAUCUUCAAGUUCUAAAGUUCAUCUUUCAGUUGAGGAUGUGAAGGUACUCAAAGAAGAUCUUGUGCUUCCAUUGUCUGCACUCUCUAAGUUAGGUAUUUCUAACCCAGUUAUAAAGGAGGUGGUUGAAACAACCAUAGCACAUAAAAAGCAACCUCAAGGAUGCUUUGAUCUACGUGCUCAAAUGUUGCUAAAAAAGGUUGGUUUCAAAGAAGGAGAGUCUCGACAACUUAGGGAUUUGAACUUUAUCUUCACAGACCCAAAGGUAGCUGUUCAUCAUCUAGCUGUGAAGCAUGAGGCGAUAAAAGGACAAGCCUUAGCUGAUUUUCUUAUAGAUCAUCCAAUUCCAGCCAAAUGGGAGUUGUUACAGGGUUUUCCAGAUGAGGAAAUGUUCUUUGUAGAUUUAUUGCCAUCAUGGAAUCUCUACUUCGAUGGAGCAUCAAGAAGAGAUGAGAACAAUGUUCCAAUAAUUGUGGGCAUGGAGAUGGCUCUUGAAAUGAACAUUUACCAACUCAAUGUUUAUGGGGACUCAAGCUUGGUAGUGAAUCAACUCAUAAAGGAGUUUAAUGUUCGAAAACCAGAUCUUGUCCCAUACUUUCAAUAUGCCUCUCAACUCCUCAAGAAAUUUGAUCAUGUCUUAAUUGCCCACGUUCCUAGAAGUCAAAAUAGGCAAGCAAAUGCUUUGGCUAAUUUAGCUGCUAUCAUUGCAAGUCCCGAUAAUCAAGAAGUCACUGUUUCUGUGUCCUAAUGGUGGAUUUCACCUCAACUAACAUCUGAAGAUGUAGAAAGUAAUGUUGUUUUAGUCUUUUUCAUUGGAGGAAGGCUCUACGUUUUGUUUACUUUUCUAACACCCUCUAUUGGCAAUCUUUUGAUGGAGUUCUCCUUAGAUGUUUGGAUGGAGAGGAAUCAUCCCAAGUGAUUGAGGAGGUGCAUUUUGGAAUUUGUGGAGCUCAUUAGUCUGGCCCAAAACUUCACUACCAAAUAAGAAUAAUAGAAUCCUAUUGGC